AUGGAUGAUGUUAUGAUACAAAAUGAACAUGAUAGGGUUGGUCGUUGGGUGCACCACGCCAACACCACUCCUUCGCCGACUCUGGAGCUCGCCGGCAACGCAGUGCGGGACACCAAGAAGAACCGGAUCGUGUCGCGACACAUCCAGCUGGUGGUGCGCAACGACGAGGAGCUGGGCCGUCUGCUGGGCUCGGUCACCAUCGUCGCCGGCAGGGUGCUGCCCAACAUCCACACCACGCUCCUCCCCAAGAAGGCCGGCAAGGGCAAGGGCGACAUCAGCUCCGCGUCCUAG